AGAAACAGCAUUGGUGGGUUUACAAUGGUAGAGUGGCCUAUGGAGAUUUCCUACGGUAAAUGCCCCAUCAUCUCUAUUUUCAUAUCUAUAGGUCAGGCCUGCUAGAUAGUUUAUCUAUUCGAAUUUGUCAUUCUUUGGGCGAACACAGAAACGCGAAGAUUUAAGAAGUAACCGUACGUCACGAAUCAUACGCCCGUUUCUGAUGUCACCAUGCUAGCGAUUGUGAUGAAAAGAAAAUCACAUCAAGUCACGUGACGCUUUGCUCUGACGUCAUCACGUGAAUCAUCUGAAGUGGCUGUUAGUCUCAAGAAUGGGUUCGGAUAUUCCCGGCUUUCUUAGAAUUGUCCUAAUUCUUGGUACGGCUCUCUUCAUCGGCAUCGCUCAUGGCAAACGUCACCCUCCUUCAGGACGCAGAUGUCCAGAUGUACUCAGGUGUAAUUGUGACUUUAAAAAAAAUUCUCUCUCCUGCUUUAACAUUUCAACGAUGCCUAAUAUACCGUCGUGGGUUAGCGGGGUUAGCCUCUAUGGAGGACAGGACAAGACUUUGACGUUGACGGAUGCUGGCCAGCUUCACAAUCACGUGUUUGACUUUGCAAUCAAGUCAUAUAAGCAGGUCGAAAUCAGUGGCGACUUUUUCCAAUCAGAUUCGAGUCUUAUUUCGCUCAGUCUUAUUAGUAUUGGCAGAACUUCGCUGACCAAAGAUUUCUUUAAAAACAUUCGGAAUGCAACAAAAAUUGCCUUCAGGAAUUGCAACCUUCGCGACCUCGAAAGCGGCAUUUGGAAGGGUCUGAGGCCAGAGGUACUGGCAUUCACACACAAUUCAAACAAAAUCCCGAUGAACCAGAUUGUGGAUGCCGUCUGUUCGCUUGACCCGUCUCAACUGCACUCUGUUGACUUCACCGCCCUCGGACUUCGCCGUAUUCCCACACAGAUGGCUGAAUGCCUUCGAUCUCGACGGCGGGGCCUCUCACUUCAUUUGAAUCAAAACAACUUCUCAGACGUCGCGAGCCUAAAGUCUCUCGCACGUGUGAAAAAUUUGGAAACACUGUAUGUUGUUGGUUCUAAUAUAACCGAAUCUGCUGCUCUCGAAUUCAUCCGCGGAAUGAAGCUCAAAAAGAUCGAUAUCAGCAAUAACAAUCUUCCCAACGGAGAAGUGAAAAAGAUAAUGUGUUUCCUGGAUCCGAGGGUGAUCGAGAAUAUAGAUGCGAGUGGGAACAAGAUUGGAUAUAUCGGGGACGAUUAUUUCAGCUGUUUGGCAAAGAAUAAGCUGAAAGAACUGAUACUUAGACGCGGCAACAUAACUGGUCUGUCUAAACUCGCCCUGGGUAACUUUCUAGGCUACUUAAACCUAGAUUUGACUGGUAAUAGGAUACCACCGGAGGAUUUGACGUUCGUCGCAGCGGUGGAAAAGGUCGUUUCACUCCAUCUAAGCCAGAACGGAUUAACUAGGUUUCCAAACUUCAAGGUGAAUGGUUCAUGUCUCAACAUCAAACAUUUGGUAUAUCUUCAUUUGGUUGAGAACGAUAUCAGGACCGUAGAAGAGGAAGACACAAUAUGUUUAUAUCGGUUGCAGACCUUGACCCUGAAACAAAACAAGAUUGUUGAGUUACCAAAAAACGCUUUUAGGAACUUGACCAAUCUCAGCCAACUGUCUUUAGGGGCCAACAAGAUGAAGAGACUCGGCCGGAAUUCCCUGCCAAAACAGUUAAGAGGUUUAGAUCUUGUGGAAAAUGAUUUCGAUUAUUACGGACUCUCUCCGAUCGCAGAUUUGAACAAACUUCAACAAUUCUGGACAACGGGAUCAGAUGACAUCAACUGGCGCUGGUUAUUCAUCAACAAAACUGAACUUCAGUGUCUUCAAAUUGGUUCUGGUAAAAUAACGCUGAGUCAGCUAAAGGAUAUAUUGCGUAAUGUGACGUCUUUAAAGAUUCUCCUUCUUGACAAAAUCAGCAUACAGGAGAUACCACACGAAAUAUUGCAGCUCAAACAUUUAAGAACAUUGUCGCUGUUAAACAACAAAAUCGAAUUGAUUCCGGAACAGUUUAUAACGAAAUUUGAUACACUGUCGAUGUUUAGAUUGGAUAAUAAUCCGUUCGCUUGCAACUGCAGCCUCGUGCCGUUUUCAAGUUGGCUCAGAAGUGCAAGCCGGUCGGCAACGGUGAGAGGUCUGGACCAAACCCACUGCUUCUCUCCCGCAUCCUACAAAGGCACUCCACUGUUUAACUUCGAGAAGGAUUGUCGUAACCUGCUCCCUAUCAUUCUUCCUUCUGCUCUCGUCCCACUGGUGAUCCUGAUCGUCGUCGCAAUAACAGUCUCGGUGCGAUAUCGAGGCUACAUCCGGUAUUGCUGCAUGCUGGUCCGGGCAAGAUGGCGCGGCUAUGAAGCUCUCAAUGAAGGCCGCAGCUUUAAGUACGACACGUUUGUUUCCUACAACAAGGAAGACGCGGCAUGGGUAUUGCGAGUGCUGCGACCAAAGUUGGAGGAUGAAGCCGGCUACCAGAUUUGUCUCCAUGACAGAGAUUUCACUGUUGGCGAGGAUAUCGUGGACAACAUUAUCAUGUCCAUUGAUCAAAGCAGGAAAACCAUCCUCGUCCUCAGCGACAACUUUGCCAAGUCUCAAUGGUGUCAGCUCGAGAUGAGUCUUGCGCAACACAAAUUGUUCGAAGACAACCGCGAUGUGCUCAUCUUGAUCCGAAUCGGGGAAGUUGUAGAGGGAAAUAUGACAAGGACCAUGCGCAUGCUCAUGCGCACCAAAACGUACAUCGCGUGGCCGCAGGGUGAGGAAGGAGUCGAUCUGUUCUGGAAGAAUCUCGUCUUUGCAUUGAGACGUCCACCAGGGGUCGUAAUGGAGGAUCCGGAAUGGCCAGUCGGGGGCGCAAUGGUCCAAAACGGCUAAACCAGUGGCCUUUUGGUAGCCCAUUAUAUCGCCGAUCCGCUACGCUGUACAUCGAGCCUAUGCGCGACCUCAAAAAGCCAGGAAUUCCAGCCCAAACGCCUUUAAGCUUACUUCGCAAGCUGAAGCGAAAGUGAAGCAGACUGACGAAUUUUUCACGAUAUUUCUAAAUGUUUUAACACUUUCUAAGUGAAAUUUAUUUGGGCCUACUGACUCACUCAUUCUAUGAGGCCUAUCGCAGAGAGUGAAUGCUACUUGAAGACAUACUCUCAGGCAAGCAUAUGUAGUUGUGUGGCCCCCUACUUACAUGAUCAGUUGCACCAGUACAUAGACCUAUAAAGAAUAAAAACAAGUCAAUAGCACGAGCUACCGUUGCCGUAGCACUGUGGCACUGGCAUAUUUUAGCAGGAAGGCACUGUCAUAGAAGCUCUAUUGGCAGUAUGAUCCUGUAGGGUAGCCAGUUUAUUCAUCUAAAGCGGCCGGCAAACAAGUAUGGGCGGUUAUUACCGCAAAUAAAGACAAACCAAAGCAAAGACACUUGUGUAGCAUAUCAAGGACACGUAGAUUGAUACUCCUGGGCGGUUAUUACCGCAAAUAAAGACAAACCAAAGCAAAGACACUUGUGUAGCAUAUCAAGGACACGUAGAUUGAUACUCCUGGGCGGUUAUUACCGCAAAUAAAGAC